AUGCCCUCCGAUCUGUCAUCAUACCUAGCGACGCGCUACCUAGUAGCAGAUCCGAAACCCACCAAGAAGCGCAAGCGCAAGCAAGCCACCGAGAACCAAGGCCUCAUCAUCGCAGACGACGACGACGACAGCGGCUGGGGCAACUCCACAACACAAGACGACGAUGCAGAGUCGGGACCCGCGCUCGUAGCAGGGACAUCAGCAGAAUUCCGACGCACGAAGAAAUCAAACUGGAAGACUGUCGCCGCCGGUGCCAGCAGCACUACAAAACCAAAAGACGAUGACGGCGCUGCGGCAGCCGACGCGAUCCUCGCCUCGGCGGCGGCAGAAAAUGCCCGAGCCGCCCAAGCAGACGACGAGAUGCCCGUCAUCGAGGGCGGUGAAGAGGCAGGGGUGAUCAAGAUGAGUGACGGCACGCACGCGGGCCUGCAGAGCGCCGCCGCCGUGUCGGCGCAGCUGCGUCGCAGACAGCAGGCGGAGGAGGCCGAGUUCGCGAAGCUACGGAAGCACGGCAAAGAAGAGGAGACUGUUUAUCGCGACGCCACGGGCCGACGAGUCGACGUAUCAAUGAAGCGCGCCGAGGCCCGCAAGCUGGCGGCGGAAGCAGAAGAAAAGGAGCGGCAGGCCAAGCUAGCGCCCAAGGGUGACGUGCAGCUUGAGCAGGCGCGGAAGCGCAGGGAGGCGCUCGAGGACGCCAAGCUCAUGACAUUUGCGCGGACGGCGGAUGACGAGGAGAUGAACAGGGAGCUCAAGGACCAGGAGCGCUGGAACGACCCCAUGGCGCAGUUCAUGAGUGAGAAGACGGGCGGUGGUGGCGCGAAGGGCAAGAAGGGGAAAAAGAGGCCGAUCUACAAUGGCGCUGCGCCGCCGAAUCGUUAUGGUAUCAAGCCAGGGUACAGGUGGGAUGGCGUGGACAGAAGCAAUGGCUUCGAAGGGGAAAGGUUCAAAGCGAUCAAUCGUAGGGAAAGGAAUAAGGGGCUGGACUAUGCUUGGCAGAUGGAUGAAUAG